AUGUCUAUUGCCAUUCCAUUUGACAAGCAAGAGUACUGGGCACAACGCUUUGAUCAAGAGCCUUCAUUUGAAUGGCUCAUGUCUUGGGAUGCACUCGAACCUUACAUGCAGCGAUUAGAUUUGUUACCAAAAGAUCACUCUGUCAAGAUUCUAAACCUUGGUUGCGGCAACUCAGAUUUACCACUUGAUCUCUAUCGGUUAGGUUAUCAUCAUGUCACCAGUAUUGAUUAUGUCCGUUCGGUUGUUGAUCGGAUGAGGCAACGAUGUGAAGCCGCAAUCCAAUGGCGAUCAUUAUCCUCACCACCCAAACCUUUGUCUAACAGCUCUACGGACAUC